CUCAAAUAUAAACAAGAUGGCUGCCGGGAUUAAGCAGUACUUAAAAGGUGGUACCAGGACAACAAUUGGCAGUCAGUAGCAUGAGUUCUACAGCCACUAUGUACAAGCGUUACCACAAUUACAUGGAAAACCCAUACACUGACUACAGAAGACCAAUGCCUUUUACGCCAUAUUCAAACUAUGACAGGAGGGCUUUCUCCUGGGCAGAUAAAGCAAUACCAAUGCAUGAACACAACAUGAAUGGGUUUAAUCUGGAUAGUCUAAGACGUGACACAGACUUUAUGUUAUCAUCACUAGCGGAAGGUAUUGCACUGGAUGGGGCACCAUGUCAUCAGUAUGGUAUCAAACACUGGCAUCCAGAUCAGAGGCCUAAGUCAGCCCCAAUGACCAGAUCCCAACCAGACACGUUGGUAAAACCAAAAUGGCAAAAUACUAGUGUCAUGUUUGGAAGUAACCCAAACCUUGAGGAUACAAACAACUAUUACUCCAAAUCAAGUUCAAGAUCAUUAUCUCCAAGUUCAAGGUCAACAAGGUCCAGGUCAUCACCUUGCAAAACCGAUGACAGCGAAGAAAGUGACACUGAGUUAGAUAUGUCAUUGUCAGGACCGUUGAAAACUUAUUGUUACCUAUGCAGUACAGUUGAUGAACACAAGAAACAUAUGUUACAGUACAAGCGAAUGAAACCAAAACCAAAGUCAAAACCAAGAAUUGAGUACAUUCCCCCCAAGCCCAGUUUACCACAUAAGAAGAAACCAGACUAUGAGGAAGGACCUCCUGAAGUUCUAUACAAAAUAGAAGUCAAGACUGGUAUUAUCAAAGUUAAGGAUAAAAAAACCAAAAGAAUGCAGAGAAAGGAUACUGGAACAGAUGCAAAUGUGGAAAUCAUUAUCAGGGGCUCUAAAGGCAUAACCAAUAAGAAGAAACUCCACAAAAAUACAGGUUCCCUGACUUCCUUCCAGUUUGGGCCUGGGUCAUUGGAAAGCUUCUAUGUUAAAGCACCCGAGCUGGGAAACUUACAGCAAUUGCAGAUUGAGCAUGAUGGUUUGUCUCGUAGUCAUAGCUGGUUUUUGGAGUGGAUUAAAGUGAUUAACAUGACCACUAAACAAGCAUGGAAAUUUGAAUGUAAAAGAUGGCUGUCUUUGUAUGAAGAGGACUAUGCUGUAAAAAGAGUGCUCAGAGCAGAGGAACUGGAGAAGGCAGUUGCAGCAAAGAAAGCAUAUGUAAUCACCACUGUGACAGGAAAGGGAAGAGAAGCCGGCACAGACUGUAACGUGUACAUAACUCUCUGUGGAAAAGGCAAAGAAAGUCCAGCCGUCCACUUAUCACCUCCAGACAAAAAAUGCUUUAGAAAAGGCAGUGCUGACACUUUCAAUAUCAAGACUAAAGACGUGGGGGAAUUAAAUAAAAUCAGGAUUGAACAUGACGGCAGUGGUGAUCACCCACACUGGUUUCUGAAACAGGUGGAAGUGAAAGAUGUGGUAGAGGGAAUCUCCUAUGUAUUCCCCUGCAGCAAGUGGUUGUCAGUGCUUGAUGGCCAUAACAUUUGGGUGGAGCUUAUGCCAAGUGGCAAAGGAGAUGCACCAAUAGGAACUCAAAUCCAGAAAGGAAAGGGUGCUACAAAGAAGAGAGUUAAAGUGGACUAUACAGUACAUGUAACAACUGGUAAAAAGAGGGGUGCAGGAACUAAUGCCCAAGUAUUUGUUCAAAUAUUUGGAAGGGGGUUAAACACAGAGAAACUUAUCCUAGACAGUUCUGCUUCAAAUAAGGAUCCAUUUGAGAGUGGGCAAACUGAUAUUUUUAAGUUAUCUGCUCCCAAUGUUGGAAUUAUCAAGAAGAUUUUAAUUGGCCAUAACAACGAAGGAUUUGCUGCUGGCUGGUACCUGGACAAGGUUGUCAUUCAGAAAAUGUUGACAAAGGAGGAGAUUGCAGAUAGGCUAUCAAAAAUGAAAAGAAGUGAGAAACAAGAUAGGGAGGUCAUGGAAAAGCAUAAAGCAAGGAAAUCAAGCCCCAAGAAAAAGGAGGACAAAUCAGAUUCAGAAGAGUCCGAUGUAGAGGAUUCAAAAAGAUCUAACAAGUCAAAAAAGAAAAACAAGAUCCUCAACAGUUCGUCAUCAGAUUCAUCUGAUUCUGAGUCUGCAAAGAAAAAGAAACCAAAAGAAAAAUCAGAAAAGUCUGUACUUUCUAAUUAUGGUGUGUUUGGUAAAUCCUCUAAACAAAGCUCAUUUCUGGACAGAUUUUUGGGGAGAAAAGAUCUGGAGGAAGAAAGUGAAGAAGAAGAAGAGAAGCCAAAGAAAAAACACAAGAAAAAGCAUAGAGGAGAGACGUCAGAAUCUGAAGAUUCUGAUCAUGAAAGGUUGUUGAGACGAACAAAGAAUAAUAAAGGAAAGAAGAAUAAAAGGAAGUCAAAAGAUUCAUCAGACAGUGAAGACGAUGUUAAUGAAGACAACCCAUUUUCCAGGAAAUUGUCCAAGAACAGGAGUAAUAGGAAAGGUAAAAAUGAAAGAAGAAAAAGUGAUUCAGAUUCAGAAGAUGAGACAGAAGAGGAGACACCAUCAAAAGUUCCCUACUGUGAUCAGUAUGAAUUCCCAUGUAGCCAGUGGUUUGCUGAGGAUGAAUCGGAUGGAAAAAUUGAAAGAGAACUGUUUCCAGAAAAUAGAACUGUCAUGUUUGAAAGUACUUGAAAAACAAGUUAACUGUGCAAUCAGAGUCAAACUUAAGGUCAUAUUGGGAUUGUUUUAGAGAUCAUGAGACUAACACCCCAUUUCCAUAGAUUAGAUCGACCUACUUUAGAUCGACCUAACUCCCA